UAAUUCCUUACCAUAUUCAAGUUGAUCUAAGAAAUUUUAAUCGGAUAUGUUCGAUUAUGGUUAAAUACGUAACUAAUACUUUUAUAAACGAAUAUAAAUUGUUUAGGAGAUGACACAUGAUAAACUUGAGUGAAAUUAAUUCAUGAUACCAAAUACUUACAAUCUACAAUUUUAUCCUCAGGAACAGGAAAUACCGUACGAUGAAGAUUUCGAAAAUGUGCCGAUGGUAAAACCUAUACGAAUUGUACAAUUCAUAUUACUGGCUUCCCUCAUUGCCUUAACCAUCUACACAUGCUUCAAUAAAUCUCCUUACACAGAAAUAGACAAAAUUCUUUUGUUUUUGGCAUUUGGUACAUUUCUCUUCAUAACAUUUAUUGAUAUUAUCAGCCAACUUGGUGGCGAUCCAAUAACGGAAACACCGAUGUUCCUAUUCGGAGUAGUCGGUGCGGUAAUCAUAUUACUAGCUGCGUUCCAAAUUUUUAGUGUUACUAGAAGAGAGGAAGUGAAUGAUACUUGGAAACUCAUGACGGCGAUUGUUUUAUCCGUGAUUGCUUCUAUCGUAUAUCUAAUCGACGUUCUUUUAAUCUUCUUGUACGGAUAUUGAACAAAUUUUAUUACUUUUACUCGAAUCUCUAUAUAAAAUUUAUUUGUACCAAGUUUAUGAUUCAUAAAAAGAUAAUACGAGCACGUAUAAUAAAAGUUUCAUUUCAAUUGAUUAUAAAUACAAUCAUUGAAAAAAACCAUUCG